CAAGGGGGGAAAUCUCCCAAGAAGAGGAGCAGAGCAGCAAGUGAAUCCACCAGCCGCUAUAACAAGUAAACAGCAGGAGGAGGAGUUCAUGGAAACGCCGUCGUUUCAUCCUCAACUUGCACAACACCCUUAUUUCUAAUUCUAGGGUUUCCUUCUUGUUCGAAAAGGCUUGAAUUUCUGUCCAUCCAUCAACAUUGAAAAAAAAAAUCGGAGCUUUUGAGAUUCGGGAGGUGAACAAGAUAAAAAUCCAUGUAUCAUCAUAGAAAUCGAGGAGGAAGAUUGUCGAAAUCGGAGCUAAUGGGAGGACCGUUCGAUCGGAAGCGUAUAAACGAUGCUCUGGACAAGCAUCUAGAGAAGUUAUCACCGUCCACUUCGAGGGGAUUGAACAGCAGCAAGGAGAAAGAAAGAUCCUCUGUCCCUUCAACUCGGCUUGAUCAGCGCGAUUCGCGAUCUACACCUCUCUCCAAAGCCCAAUGUUCCAAUGUGAAAUCUGAAACGGACAGUGAAGAAUCAGAUCUUAGCGGUUCGGACGGAGAUGACACAUCUUGGAUCUCAUGGUUUUGCAAUUUGCGAGGAAAUGAAUUUUUCUGUGAAGUUGAUGAUGAUUACAUCCAAGAUGACUUUAAUCUUUGUGGGUUGAGCCAUCAAGUUCCAUAUUAUGACUAUGCACUUGAUUUAAUUUUGGACGUCGAGUCUUCUCAUGGCGAUAUGUUUACUGAAGAACAAAAUGAAAUGGUUGAAUCAGCAGCUGAGAUGUUGUAUGGUCUUAUACAUGUCCGCUAUAUAUUAACCACCAAGGGAAUGUCUGCUAUGUUGGAGAAGUACAAAAGUUACGACUUCGGAAGAUGCCCGAGAGUUUGUUGCACUGGACAACCUUGUCUUCCAGUUGGUCAGUCAGAUAUUCCUCGCUCAAGUACUGUGAAAAUCUACUGCCCAAAAUGUGAAGAUAUAUAUUAUCCUCGAUCCAAGUAUCAAGGCAAUAUCGACGGAGCUUAUUUCGGUACAACAUUUCCACAUCUAUUUCUGAUGACAUAUGGGCACCUAAAGCCUCACAAGCCAACUCAAAACUACAUUCCUAGAGUUUUUGGCUUCAAGAUCCACAAUCCCUGAUGUGGUCGAUACGCUAAUUGCAAGCCGGAACUUGCAACACAAAGUUCUAUCAUCAGUCUGUGGUGAUCCUAUCAAAGCAGUGGAUUCCCCAAAAUGCAAGGUGAAGUGGGGUUCCAAAAGCAGAAGAAAAGAAACAAAGAAUCGGUAAGUUUGGUUGAUUGAUUGAUAUAUGAAUAUUGCAAUGAAAUAUGGGGGUGUAUCUCUAGGAUUUACUUUUAUGAACU